GAAAGCGUUAUCUUUUUAACAUUGAAAGCUAACGGUGUAGAGAAUCGUCAUUGUCCAUAAAAUGAAUCGGUUAUUCGACUUUUAGCUUCGUUUAUUUCAAGUCUUGCAGACAAUUGAUCCCAACAGUGCAGGUGACGCAAAGUGUCGUCAGAAAUCACGUGACAAAUUCAGUUGCGGGAGAACAAAGAAAAUCAAAUUUUUCAACCACAUCUUAUGAUUAUGCGGCGCAGAAACGUUGAUUAGUCUAUUUAUUAGAAACACAAUCUCCAAGUCAGUUCAAAACCUGAAAUGUCGCAAGGCUCGGACAGGAUACGGCAUGACAAUACAACGUUGCAGAUAACUUCUUCGUUGAAGUUAUAAGGUAAGCAAAAAUUGACAGGCGGCGAUCAGUGCCAUAGGGGUAGUUAAGACGCCGCUAAAUUAACAAUGAAGAAUAUUCUAAAUGCUAAAAGUCUAAUCACUGGACGAAAAGGUUCAAGCUUAAAGAUACUUUCAGAUUGGAAAAGCCCUUGCACUUCUGAUUCUUCAUUGUGCUGAAAGUUAAUUGAACAUAAAAUUUAAAAAGCGAGAAAAUCAAAUGCGUGAAUUGCUGUUUUCUCAAUUCGGGGGUAAGUACGAAAUCGGACAGGUUCCUGAACAGCAGGUUGUCCUUUUCAUGUAAGACAUGAACUCUUUGAAUGAGGUCACAUGCCUGUCUCGAUAUUUUUUUCUUUUCUUAGCUUUCUGCUGGGGAGCGUUUAGAUCAUAUGAGUGCAACUGAGCAAGAUGAUACAGAUUUCAUCUCUUUAUCUACCGCUGACCACCAGGAAAUCGACAGCAUGCGCAGAAAGAGACUAAUUCCUUCACUCAAGCACAGCAUUCAGGCCAGAGUACGUAAAGUAGGUACUCUAAGGGGACUCCCGCGCUUGUUUCUCCUACGAAGGGCCUUUUGCUUCUACUGGGGCGUCAUCAUAUCGCUAUUUAUUUACUUGAAAUGGUACUAUCCGUUAUAUUUGACCAGCACGGUCAACCGAAACACUUUGGAAGACUUCGGAAGGGACUGGUGCCGAAUGCGCAACGCCAGAAUAGACUGGAAACGAAUUCGAGAACCGUGCGAAGGAAACACGGUCUACGACGAUAAUUUACCAGGAUGGAAUGUUGAAAACAGAACUAACUCGAGAAUGAGUUUUGUUAGAUCAAUGGAUAUUCGACCUGCUGGGCAAUUCAGCAAGCUUCAAAUUCAAACCCAGACCUCCGAUGGCGUUCCUAAAUCGGUCGGAGGGGACUACUGGAGAGUUUUUAUUUCGGGCCCUACAGGGCUUGCACCCACGAUAUUUGACCUUGGCAAUGGAAUAUACGAGAUUCUGUUCUUGAUUCUUGCUCCCGGGAACUACUGCGUGUCAGCGGUGUUGGAUCAUUCGCUUUGUGAUGGAAUGAAGGACCCCCCUGACUAUUGGUUUAUCUCGGGAAAUACCCAUGGAAGCAACCAGCCUCGGGGAAUUUUGGCGGGAAAGCAAGUGUACCUGAUGCAGCCUCUGUGGGGUGGUGACCCGUUUUGUUUUGACGUACCCGCGAGUCACGGGCCAAUGAGAAGAGACGAAUUUUUGAGUUAUGGAUUUGGAUACCCGUCGUACUGUGGAACAAGUUGUAAAUUUCUAUCGGAUGGCUUUGGUCAUUGGACUAANAUUAAUUCUCGGUUUAUUCUAAAAAAUUUCUUUCCUUUGAUUUCAGAGAGGUUAUUCAAGAAUUCACCGCGAGAUAAAAAGGGUACUCUCUGGAUUUACGGCGACUCACUGGCGCUGCGAUUUUACGAUUCUAUAUAUUACACGCCUCUUUGCGGCGAAAUCUUCAAAGUCUGCAAUCUCACGUACAGUUGGGUUUACAACAUGCUCGAGCCGGUGGAAAUAGAAAAAUACAAGAGAAACUAUCUUGAUUUCGAUCCUUCACGUGUGCUACAAGAACUCAGUGAGGUUCUUUAUCUCCCCGAAAUGGACGAGCACAGUGUUAUUAUUCUGAAUUGUGGAUUGCAUUACGUGUCCGCUUUGAAAUUUGCCACUUAUCAAAAACUUAUCGAUGAAAUCAUAAACUUGUUUAAAGAGACUUGGGUAAAUGAAGAUGGCGUGGUCGAACUGAAGUUUAAAGGAAAACUGAUUUGGAAAACUACAACGGCUAUUCACAGAGAGAGGUUUUUGUAUCACAAUCAUCCGAGCCCGCGGUUCUUGACUCUUCAGGUAAUGUGA